AUGAAGCUAGUCUCGCUGCUGCUCCUGCUGCCACUCGCCGCUGCCGCGUCUUCCCGCUACAUGAUUUUCUUCCCCAACCAGGACGUGCCGGUGAAGGCCUACGCCGGCCUGCAGAACUCGGUGCUGCUCGCCGGCGGCAGGAUCACCGCCGUGCUCCCUCUGAUCGCCGGCUUCGUCGCCGAAAUCCCCAAAGAGGAGGUGCCCGGCCUGGUUUCCGCGAAUGAAAAGAGCUCGUACAAAGCCGUCUUCGAGGAAGACGGCGAGAUACACACCGCGCGCCCCGCGCAGUAA